AUGCAGAAAAGAGGGAGUGACUUGUAUUCAAGGAUUGAAUGGCAGAAAUCAAAAGCAGUGGUGGUGAUGUGUAAGUCUCUCGACACGUUCGGCGAGGUUAAAUUGGAUGAGGCAAACGGAGAGAGAGAUUUAGGAGUUUCUAUCGACGAUGACCUCAAGUUUUCCUCGCACGCGCAAGGUCGGUGGACAAAUGCAACAGGAUUCUAG